ACUGCGGCCGGACGAUUCCACUGGCUUGUGUGUACGCGGCUGCCAGCUCGCAGUACUCGGAGCUUGGCUCCUGUAGUACCCGCGAUCCCAGCACCGACGCCAGCUACGGCCCACCUGCCGCCUGAACAUGGACUCCGCCAGCCAAGAUAUCAACCUGAAUUCUCCUAACAAAGGUGUGCUGUCUGAUUUCAUGACUGAUGUCCCUGUUGACCCAGGUGUGGCCCCCCGGACUCCAGCUGUAGAGGGCCUGACAGAGGUGGAGGAAGAAGAGCUUCGGGCUGAGCUUGCUAAGGUGGAAGAAGAAAUUAUCACUCUGCGCCAGGUCCUGGCAGCCAAAGAGAGACACUGCGGAGAACUGAAAAGGAGGCUGGGCCUCUCCACAUUAGGGGAGCUGAAGCAGAACCUGUCUAGGAGCUGGCAUGAUGUGCAGGUCUCUACUGCCUAUGUGAAAACGUCUGAGAAACUUGGAGAGUGGAAUGAGAAAGUAACGCAGUCUGAUCUCUACAAGAAGACUCAAGAAACUCUUUCACAGGCAGGACAGAAAACAUCUGCUGCCCUGUCCACCAUGGGCUCCGCCAUCAGCAGGAAGCUUGGAGACAUGAGGGCUCAUCCGUUCUCACACUCCUUUAGCAGCUACUCCAUCCGCCACUCGAUAAGUAUGCCGGUCAUGAGGAACUCUGCAACCUUCAAGUCAUUUGAAGACCGAAUGGGGACCAUGAAGUCUAAAGUUGUGGGUGGCAGAGAAAAUGGCAGCGAUAACCUCCCUUCCUCGCCUGGAAGUGGUGACCAGCCAUUGCCGGAUCAUGCCCCUUUCUAAGCCUGUCAUAGAAUACAAGCCACAGAAUACAGAAGCACACCCUCAUCAUCACAGCUGCAACUCUGCAUGACAGAACCACCAGCCAGGGCCAUUGAAGAGCUGGUUUUGAAGACAGUCAUACCCAUCUACAUGCAGAUGUGACUGCUGCCUUGGCAUGAAUUAGAGAACAAUCUUGUGCAUAAAUGUUUUACACUAAAGUUCAUAGAUGAAGCAGAUCACUGUGCCAUCCUUUCCAGGGCCACAGGAAGUGGACAGGGUGGAGGGGUCUGAGGAAUACUAAAUAGGAGCCCGUGCUCCCUUUGAAGGUCUCACCAGAAUGUUAAGGGAAGACAUGUCGGGUAUUAAGUGAAAAGAAUUUCCUUGCCUGCCUCCUCCCUUAGCGCAGAAGAAAUGCACUCACCUAGGUCAUAUUGCAUGGUCAGUUUUUAUACGGAUUUGAAGAAUGAGAGAGUUCUUUAUUUUCUGAGACCCUAGAAAGGAAAUAUAAGCAACUGCUUCAUUCUUACACUAACAGUCUGGCUUUGGCAGAAGCAGAUUCACUAUUUUUUAAAUAUGAUGGACUUUUCAAAAAUUAAAUAGAAAAAAAGGUAAGGCAAAACAGCUUUAGCCUCGUUGUUGAAGAAUUUUAUUCAUGGACCAGAUGUGGUGGCACACAUCUUUGAUCCCAGCACUUGGGAGGCAGAGGCAGAUGGUUCUCUCUGAGUUCAAGGCCAACCUGGUCUACAAAAGUGAGUCUAGGACAGCCAGAGCUAUACAGAGAAACCCUGUCUCAAAAAACCAAAAAAGAGAAAGAAAAAAGAAUAUUAUUUCAUUGAUUUCAGCUGAAAUUUAAGCCUUACAUUGCCUUAUGCUUUAUUUGUUUAUAGUCUUUUUAUAUAUCUAUAUAAAUGAGGGUUAAUUGUUUUGAGUACUAUGUAGAGUUUUAUCUCUGGCCCAUCUCAUACUCUGCCAGUAUCAUUUAGUACAUUUUAUUUCUCUAACACUUUCUCCUGGUGUGCAAAACUUAGUUCUCUUAAAGAGUGGCAUUGCCCAGUAGCUUGCCCUCUGGCCCACAGGGCUCUCGUGCUGUUGGUCAGGAGGGCUGAGAGAAGAAAAUAAGCCUCUAUCUUUAGCACCUAAAUGGGAUGUAUCUUGUUGCUUUACUGACAGUGGGCAGGGCUCUCAUCCUUAGUUUCUGCCUGUCUGCCCAUUACACAAAGAAUAAAUAAAAAGUAGAACCAACCCUGCAGGUCACGAAGGGAUAUGGUUUUGGUUCAGCCAGAACUCUGUUGUCAUCUUUUCUCAGGAGCUACAAAGAUUUUUUUUUUUUUUUUAAGUUCCCUCCUUCUGCCUCCAGUUGCCACAUUCUGCAGCCUCUCAAAACCAGGUCCCUUCAUGUAGGAGGCAUGGUCUGGAGAGAGGGUCAGCACUGUGCCUUAAUGGCUCUUAGCAGGGCAAAACUUUAUCUGUUCUGUGCAUUCUCUGCACUCCUGGGGUGAAGUGGGGUCUGUCCAUUUAGGUGUCUGGUUUGAUACAAUGUGAUGUAUCUUUUGAUUAUCAAGUACCCUGGGUUUUUUUGGACACUCUUAGAAUACUGUACCACACAAAGCAAGGAACAGCAAGGAACUGGGGAGCUGAGGAAGAGCACUCCUUGGUGUAUUCUUUUCCAGGGUUAAAAACAACAGCUGUAUGAAGGCGCAGGUUAUAGGAGUGCAAGUCACUGAUUAUCUUCCUACAAAGAAUAACAGGCAACUUUUCAAUAAAGCGCUCCUUUGGAGGAAAAUCCACA